GGAGCGGCUGACGUCGAAGCAGGAAGCGUGUCUGAGAGUCUCCCGUGAUUGGUUGCUUGCUCUCUGGCUCCGCCUCUCCUGUUUGGCCUGUCCUGUCCAAGACUAAGUUCACAAAGAACAUGAACAGAGUGCUGUGCCACUGAGUGAUGGAGAAGCACCCCAAUCAUUUGAGGUUAUAGCAGGAGCUACAGUGUCUUGAGAAGAUGCUUGCAGGCCUUUCUCCUGGCUCUCCUGCCUAGCGAACUGCAAUGGAUGGGACAUACCUAGGAAGAGAGUAUAAUGGCAAAAAGUGAUGAUGAAAUGACGUUUUCUAAUCGUCUGUAUGGCAAUUCUCCUUGUCGAGAAGGUGAUGAAAGUUCAGUGGAUAUAUAUGAUGGCUUAGACAGCACUCCAACUGUUUCAAUUAGCAAUUCUUCAGAAGUGACCCUAUCCGCAACUGGUUUAAAUCUGUUUGAUGAGAUCCUGAUUGAAGAAGGAACAGCAAAGGAAGCUACUUACAAAGAUUUGCAGGCUGAACAUGAGAAAUGUCAACAACAGCUUCAAGAUUUUAUGAAAAGGCUUAAGGAGAUACAGGAACAGAAUUCUGCUCUCCAAAAUGAAAAUCAGUCCCUUAAGAAGAAUAUUUCAGCUCUUAUCAAAACAGCCAGAGUCGAAAUUAAGCGGAAGGAUGAUGAAAUUAAUAAUCUCCAACGAAGGUUGUCAGAAAUUGCAUCUCAUCAGAAUACUCGACAAUACUUCCCAGGCUCUACUAGUACUACAAGAAGUUUUGAGGGAUCAAAAGCAAAAAAUAAAUUAAAAGAUAUCCUUCCGGAUAACAAUUCAAAAACUGAUUCAAGAACUAAGCAAGCUGUGGCCCCUGCCCUAUCUCAUAGUUACCUGUCUUGGAACCCAAAAAAUAAGAAAUUUCAUUCAGAAACAAGACGUACUUCAUAUAUACCUCAGUCUGAUCCAGAACAGCUUUACACUGAUGCUGCUCAUCCAAGACUAGUAAAUAUUAGUGGCUCUUGUGAUGAAGAAAAGAAAAAAGAAAUUAAAAACAGUGAGCAUAAUAGCAGAGAGAACAACUACAGAUGUGAAUCAAAAGCACAACAAAAUCCAGAUGGAUUAUUAGAUGCUCACAAGAAGUUGCAAGUAAACUCACAAAAAACAGAUAGAAAUGGACAGUGGAAAAUUAAUAAGGACUUCAAGCUCAAAAACAACUUGUGUACAGAAAAACAAACUGAUAAAGGAUCUUCUGAUGGGGAGAAGCGACUAAUGCCUAAGGGCAGAUUACUGCCCCAAACAGGACAUCUCAAUGAGGACAGGGGCAAAAAAUCAGAAGACAUAAAUCAUAAGGAUCUGAAAGCGCAAAACAAAGAGGAAAACAUUAAUGCACAAAAAAACAAGCAAUAUGAUAAGCAUCUAGAACAGCAAAGAACUGGAAUGCUUAUUAGUCACCCUGAAAAGCAUGCAAUUGCCACUGGUCCUCAGAAACUAAAUAAAAGCAAUGUAGAAGACAGAAAGAUGAAAGAAACUGAUGGUAGAAGAAAUAAAGGAGUGAGCAAUCAUGGAUUCCAAGGAGACAAAGUAUCACUACCACCGUGUCCUAUGUCCAUUAGAGAGCCAAAACAUGGACAUUCCAAGGAAGAUGACAGAAAAUAUGAACACAUAGAUUCAAAAUCAAAUAGACAUCGAACUGAAGAAAAGAGGAAAAACAAGAGAGGCAAUCUGAUAGAGGACAAGAAUUCUGAAAAUGAAAGAGAUCCAAAGAAAACAUCGCAAAAAACGAGAGGAACCAUUAAAAUGAAAGACAGUGCAAAAGAGGGGAAGAAAGUCUUUCUGGCAGAAGAUAAUGCUAAGUCAGUUGGUGGUAUAGAGGAACACAUGCCUGCAAAAGCUGGAAAGGAUGAGGAGCAGUCAAAAAGCAAAGACUUAAAACUGAGCUUUAUGCAGAAACUAAAUUUAACACUCUCCCCUGCUAAAAAGCAAACAGACAAACUAAAAUCAGGAGCAAAACCCACCAGUAAAUACGAUGCAGAUACUCCAAGUCAGGAAAUAGCAUUAGUACAAUCUGUCCCUCUUAACAGUAACUCCACUAAGCAAACAAAAACACCAUCAUCACUGACCGAUGACAAUCCUGCUCAGACUAAGAUGGAAAAAAUAACCUCUGCUUUUGAGAACGAAAUGCAGAUCGGAAAUGGCGUCCUGACAGAAGCCGUGAGUGCAGAGCUUUCUACAACAUCCUUCCAACAGAACAUAGCAGGGCAGUAUCAGCUGCCUGAAGCCAAAAUUGAAAUGGAAGAAGUUAAUGAUACAUUUGUGGCUCCUAGCUUGGGAAGCCCCAUGGAUCAACAUACACUUCCAGACAGUUGUUUCAGUGACUUAGAGACUAUAAGUUCAGUGGAUUUUGAUACUUUUUGUGUCAUAGAUGAGAUUAAUGGGUCAGAUUCAGACUCACUAAUGGAUGAGGGGCAGGUCAGUAAAUGUGCAGAUAAAGAAGUCUUGGUGGAUCCUGAAAAAGGAAACAGACUUGUGCCUCAUGAAACUGCUGCGGAAAAAGCCAGGAUACUGAGUGCAGAUAUGUCAGAAACCAACCCCAAGGUCCAUAACUCAGAGCCAAGUUUUUCUGACCACGGAAACCUUCCAGAAGCAUUGUGUGAUCAAGGUUUAAAGCCUACAUUUGAACCAAGAGACACAAAUCCAGUUUUGACUGAAGAUGAGAACUCUAUACUGAGCGUAGAUCUCAAUCAGAUGAGGUGUAUUCCAAAGGCAAUUAGCCCUCUGAACAGUCCAAUGAGGCCGUUGCCUAGAGUCCUCAGAACAGAAAGCCUGUACGAAGGACCUGUGAAAGGUUAUAAUACAGAGAGCACAAUAGUCUGUCCUGGAAGAAGCCAAUCCGGUGAAAUUAACAAGGAAAAUCAAAAGCCACUUCACACAGACCACCCAGUCUUAGAAGAGUCUCAUCUAAGCAUGUCUUCAAAUGAAUUAGAAGAAGGGGAAAUUGUAAGCGAUGAUGGGGAGGCCGAAACUGAACAGAACACUGAGUACAGUAAAACAAUAAAAAGAAAAUCAUCUGAUAGAUCUGAUUUGUCUAAUAGUACGUCUAAUCACAAGGCAAAGUCAACAUCUUCUGGUGAAGAUAGUGGAAAACUGAAUUCUGGGAAAAGAAGUAAAGAGAAACCCCAUGGUGGAACUGUAAAAUCCUCCAAAGAAAUGAAGAAAAAUAAAGCUGUGAGCAUUGAUUGUCUUGAAAAAAUAGUUCAGAUUAUCAUUGAACCUUCCACUGCACAUGAGUUUAUGAACAUGAUGAGAGCUAUAAGAAAACAAAUACGUAGAAACUAUAUGAAAUUUAAGAUACAUUUUCCAGUACAGCACUUUCACAGAAUUAUUGAUUCAGCAGUUCUGAAUUUUACAUCACUUGUGAAAUAUCUAGACUUCUCUAAAAUGACUAAAUCAAAUGGAACCUUAAAGUUGGAUCUUUGUGAAGUCAUAGAAUCUAAACUUAACCAGAUCAAAAAGAACAGUGCAAUAGAGUAUCUAUUUAAACAGCAAGAAUCAGAUAUGAAAAAAAAGUUGUGGAAGCUUGUCGAUGAGCAACUUGACCACCUUUUUGAUAAAAUUAAAAAGAUUCUUCUCAAGUUGUGUAACUUGAAAAAUUUUGGAAAUGAGUGUAGUGAAAGAAAGCUUGAUAAAAGAAUGAACGCAGGCCCUAAAUGCCUUGUAAAUCACAAAACUGAUAGGCAGAAGUCAAAGAAACCCAUCCUGAAUGUUAUCACUAAAAAGCCUGAAGAUUGUACCCUUUCAAAGCCAACAGCAGGUAGCCAAUUGUCCAAAAGAGAUCACUGUGACAUAAAUAAACCGCACACACACAAAAAUACAACUACAAAAUCUAAACGCUCCUAUACUGAUAAUGCAAAAUAUUCUGAGACCAAUACUGGACUACUCAAGGAAAGGUCCAUAGAGAAUACCUCUUUGAAAGCUGGAAAAUAUGAAAAGGAAGAAUCACAGAUGGUUGGAGACCCUCACAAAUCUGAUAUUAGCUCUGGUCCUCUUACAGAGCAACAGAUGUCUGGCUUAACAUUCAACCUGGUCAAUGAUGCUCAGAUGGGUGAAAUGUUCAAAAGUUUGUUACAAGGCUCAGACCUUUCAGAAAAGAAUGUUGACUUUAUCGAUGAACAUCAGUGGGAGUUUAGAACACCAGUAAAACACACACCAGAAGAUCAGAGCUGUGAGGAUGAUACAGUGUAUGAGGCAGAAGAAUCAGUUCCAAAAAACAGCCACAUAGAGUCAAGAGUGCUAGAUGGUAUUAAAUGGCCCACAGUUUCACCUGAAAGAGAUUCAACUUUUUUAGCAAGACUGCAUAUGCCAGUUGAUCCAGAUAUUCUAGAUGAAAGCUGUAUGUUUGAAAUUCCUACUGAUCAAGCUUUAAAGAAGGGUGAGAUCUGCAUUUCAGAGAAACCAAAAUCACUUGUUUCUUCUAUUCUUCUGGAAGACCUUGCAGUGUCAUUAACUAUCCCUUCUCCUUUGAAGUCAGAUGCCCAUCUUAGUUUUUUAAAACCCGAUGUAUUGGGGUCAGUUCCAGAGGAUGUUCUAAGUGCUCAUUUCAGCGAAGAUGCCCAUCUUGAGGAGGAAGAUGUCUCUGAACAGGAUAUCCAUUUGGCUUUGGAAUCUGAUAAUUCAAGCAGUAAAUCAAGCUGUUCUUCCUCAUGGGCAACUAUGCCUACUGCCCCUGGAUUUCAGUAUUGCCCAAAUCUACCCAUGCAGGCAGUAAUAAUGGAAAAAUCAAAUGACCACUUCAUUGUUAAGAUAAGGCGUGCUGCUCCAUCUACCUCGCCAAAUCUUGAUCAAUCCACAGAUGAACCACUAGCCUCUCUUGCUGAAAAUGGUAGCAAUGAAAUUACGUCUGAAGAAAAAUGUGAUACCUCGGAUUCCAAAAGCAUAGCAUUGGAAGACAAAAUGACAACUGAGAACAGUGUAAAUAUUGUUGACUCUGAGGAUGGCAAUCAUACUGGGGAAAAACAAGUUUCUGGUUCACCAGAAUUUGUGAAGGAAAUAUCUGUUUAUCUGGAGAAUGGUCAGGAAUCUGUUCAAUCUAAACCUAGUGUUCCUAAUGAUGUUAUCGUAUCCAAAGAGACAUGGUGUAGUAAAUCCAGACCUUGUAACAUGUUUGAACUCCUUAAAGAGCCAUAUAGCAAUAGCGGAGAAAUAGAAGACCAUUAUUUGCUUGGAUCCCAUCAGGGGUUACAUAGUGAUGCUGGCCAAGAAAUAACGUCUGACUUGCAAGAUCCCUCUAAAGAGCUGAAAGGUUCUUUGAAAGAAUCCUCAAGUAAAACUAGCCAGCAUGAAGAGACUCCUGAAAUGUUUAAACUACCUGAGAUGCACACAGUGAAAGUUUUGGGGGGGGAAAGUGUGUUGAGUGCUAAAGAAUGUUCUACAAUUAGCCCAGUGGCAGUUCCACUUGCAGACGAGUUGUCCUCUAAGAGCCAUUGCCAUUUUGAUAUAUGUAUAGAUAUGACUGAUGACACUCCCAUGGAAAAUGAAGUUGAUUCAUGGAACCUUACAGGGCAAUCUGCUGUAAAUGAUAUACCAAGAAGCUUAUAUAAAGAUAAAAAGGAACUUAAGGCAGAAGUCUAUGGUGAAGCGUUUCAUAUUUCAGAGCAAGCUGGAAAUUUGAUAGGUCUCCCUGACAAGCCUGAAAUAUGUGGGAAUGCUGAAACAAAAACUCUUACAAAUAACAGUGGUCAGGGGUGUGAAGAAAACCUUGAUAAAGAAAGCAAGAAAAGGAAAAAGGAGACAGAAGAAACAGCCAGUGUUAAAAGACAAAAAAAGGAAAGUAAUCCAUUGGCUUGCAAGAAAAACAGCAAAAGCAACAAAAAGUCCCAGGAAAUUACUUCAGUAGGCAAAAGUGCUUCAGAUAAAAAGGCUGCAUCUACUAGAGACAAGGAUGCUCCACUAUCAACAUUGUCUAAAUCAGCGUCAAAUCUGUGUGCUAAAAAUAUCAUUAAGAAGAAAGGAGAAGUUGUAAUUUCAUGGACAAGAAAUGAUGACAGGGAGAUUCUGUUGGAGUGUCAGAAAAAGGGGCCUUCAGAAAAAACAUUUGCUUCUGUUGCUACCAGGUUAAAUAAAAAUCCAGCUCAGGUUGAAGAACGAUUCAGGCAGCUAGUGAAGCUAUUCAAGAUGUCGAACUGCAGUUAGCAAUGGGACUGCUGAAUGGCGGACUACUUUGAACUUGUUGUGCACUGUGUGUAUGUGAGAGAGAGUGCCUGCAGUCCAAGUCAGAAUAGCUGCCCGUUGAUAAUCCUGCUGCCAUUAGUUCAAAUUCUCUACUUAAACCAAAGUCUCAUGAGAAGACCCUAUUUUAUGAAUUGAUAAUUAGUUCUUGUAGAAGCUGUUGAAUUUUUAGAACUCAUUAUUGACUCUGAGCAGCUUUACGGAUUACGGCAUACAGAGAGGGCAUGAUGGCAUGGGUUUUCUGUUGUCCAGUCUUCUAUUGCAAAACUGAAAUAUCUCCCCUUAGUAUUCUGCUUCAGCUGGCAAAGAAUGAUUAUGAGAAAUUGAGGAGUUGGGUAUUUGUACUUCUCUGCGUUCCACAAUUGCAGGAGCCACGCUUCUUUUAAAACAUAAAGCCAAUUUCUGACAUAUUGAAACACUUUUUUUGGCUGAAAAACAUCUGGUUGCUAUUUGUUUAUUGGUAUAUUAGAAAAACUGUGUAAUGUAUAGCGUGCUUGUCCUUAGAAAAUAUGAGAAAACAUUAAAAGGUGGUUAAACUGGAGACUCCCCUGUCUCUUGCAUUUUAGAAGGCAUUUGGACACAAACUGAAGUUUUGCAAUCAGUUAUAAGCCCUUAUGGUCAAAGAUAUAUAAUACAUUUAUUUUAGCAUAUUUACAGAAUUGUUUUGCAAGUAAUAUACUGGUUUCUCUGCUUUAAAAGGACACUUUUUGUUUGGUAGCGAUCACCCAGUAUUUGUACCAGCACCCAAAGGGUUUUUUUUUCCAGUUGCAUUUCAUUUGAGAUAACGAAUAACAAACAUAAAGCAUUGAGAAAUGAAUGGGUCCAUCCAGCCUAUUACUUUAAAAGGGGUACAAUCACAUUUCUCAAAAAGAAGUUACAGCCAUUCUGACCUGGAUAGACAGAGAAGGUUUUGUGUGUGUGUUUGUGAGAGAGAGAGAGAGAGAGAGAGAGAGCGACACACACACAGAAUGAGUAUAAAUUGUAAAAGUUAUAAAUAUCAUUCUUUUGUAUAUAAUGUACAGUGUUCUGUAUUAUGUAAAAUACUGUUUUGAAGUACAGUUUCUUUAAAUGAACAUUUUUAUUACAUAAAACAAGUUUUAUUUUGUAUAAAUUAAACACUGCAUAUUGAAAUAUCAACCUUAAACUGUGUAAAGCGAAUGCACUUAAUGUAAAUUAAAAGUGGACUUUUGAGUGUU